CCUAUAUAGACCGAUUCAGGCUCUUUAUAUAUAAUGUCCCUUCAUUGUCAAGCUCCAUUUAAUUCACAAGAAGAUGAAGAAAAAGAUUGUGAUUGAUCUCCCUCUCAACACCGAGAACUGUAGAUCAAAGGCCAUGCAGAUUGCUGUCAGAUGUGCAGGGGUAAUGUCGGUGAACGUAGACAAGGAAAAAGGGCAUUUGGUGGUGAUAGGAGUAGGGGUUGAUUAUUUCAGGCUGAUGAAUUGCAUAAGGAAGAAAUUCAGGUGUUCCAGCAUUGUGAGCUUGGAAGACGUGAAACCGGAAAAGCCAGCUAGUCCGAAAAACACAAGUUACCCAAGUCCAAAAUGCCCACUAAUUUGCCCUCCAAUAUGUGGUCAGUACUAUCCAGUAUGCCAACCCGUUUAUGAUCCUUAUAAUCCAACUUGCACCAUUAUGUGAAGGCAAGCAGCAUUAAUAUUCAACCACCGGCUAUCGAUCUCCAGUUUUUUUCCCCUUGAUGUAUCAUGAAAUAACGUAUGGUCAUUUGCAAUGAUCUUUAUCAACCUGCUUAUUCUGAAAAUA